AUGACUUCUUCCCUUGAAAGGAAACAUAUUGUGAUAAUUGGAGCCGGAGCGGCAGGAAUGGCGUGCGCUGGAACGCUUGCUCAACAUCCGGAUAAAUUCAAAGUCACCAUGAUCGAAAGAAUGGGUAUAACGGGAGGUCAAGCAACAUCCAUUUCUCUUGACAAAGAGAAGUUUGGCACCGACUGGAUGAACGAUGGUGUCCAAGGUGGCUCACCAAUCUUCAAACACACCUGCGAGUUUUUCAAACGAUAUGGUCACGAAGCUCAAGGCAUCAAACUCCAAGUGGCAUUCGGCAAAGGCAAAGAUGGAUUCUGGACCAAUUGUUUCCCGAGUCAUCUUGUUGAACGUUUCUCCAGCGAUAUCAAGAAAUUUGGCAAAGUUUUAAAGAUCAUCAAGUGGACGAUGCCUGUAAUAGGUGUAAUACCUAUUCGAAUCAUGCUCCGGAUGUUCUUUUUCAGCAAGGACUUUGGAGAUAAGAUGGUUUACCCACUCAUCGCUCUCUUUCUCGGUACUGGCAACCAAACUGCAAAUGUAUCCUGCGCUAUCUUGGAGCGUUUAUUUGACGAUAAGAAUAUGAAACUUUGGGACUAUGAUCCAGAUACGCUUUUACCAAACUUGCCUCAAAUGUUGACGUUUCCCAAUCUUCAUAAUUUUUACGAAGAUUGGAGGAAAGAUCUCGAAUCGAAGGGUGUGGAUAUUCGGCUCAAGACUGAUGUCACGGAGAUUAUUCAACGCAAUGAUCGGGGUGUGGUGAUGAGUACACGACCAUUUAAUUCGGAUGCAAAUGAUAGAAAAGGAGAGCAUACGGGACCAACUUCCAAGACGGAAACUUUCGAUGAAUUGGUCAUGUGUGUUCUAGCUGAUGAUGCUCUCAAAAUCCUUGGUAGGACUGCCACUUUGAAAGAGAAAUUUGUGCUGGGAGGAGCCAACUCCGAUCACGAAUACUUCCGCAAACACUACGAAACGGAAUUUGACCCCUCCCUCUGCGCGGAACCCAAAUCCCGUUCUCAAGAAGACCAAAUCGCAUUUUCCAAAGGUGACAAACUUGGCAUCGACAAUGAACCCAGUGGAUAUCGACCCAUGUACUACACGAAAUCCUAUGCGCACGACCCCCGAAAAAUCGAAAUGUCAUUCGACUGUACAAACUACCAACACCAAUUCCGGCACGACCACUCCACCCCCACCCCCACCGCCCCCAUCCCCUACGACUCCCACGUUUUCCAAACCAUCUUCCUCGACAAAUCCAACCGCGACUACUGGACCAUCGAUGAAAUCGCCCCUGAAAAGAUCAUCGAGACGAAAUGGUGGCAUCAGCUCGGCCAUCGCUGGCAGCACUAUGCGCGCGUGGUGCCUGGCAUGAUGUGGAUUAAUGGGAAGAAUCGCACGUGGUUUGCUGGGAGUUGGACCUUGGUGAAUAUGCAUGAACUAGCCCUAGUAUCCGGAAUAGCAGCCGCGUAUCGACUAGGAGCCGAUUAUGUAAAAUUUGACGACUUUGCCGAGGAGUUUUUUGGUAAUUAUAUGCUGGUAUCACAUGGAUUUAGAUACAAGGCAGAGGAGAAGAGGAGGAAGCAGAAGAUUCAGUAG